AAAUGGAUCUCUUCUUGAUUAUAGUUGGCUUGGUAGGAGCUGCAGCCUUCUUUUUCCUCCGGAGCACCACCAAGAAACCUCUCCGGCUACCUCCGGGGCCAAAAGGUCUUCCUAUUAUAGGAAACCUUCACCAGAUGGAGAAGUUCAACCCACAACAUUUCCUUUUCCGUCUCUCCAAGCUAUACGGCCCCAUUUUCACUAUGAAAAUGGGAGGCCGUCGCCUUGCCGUCAUCUCCUCGGCAAAGCUAGCCAGGGAGCUACUCAAGACUCAAGACCUCAACUUCACCGCUCGUCCUCUCCUGAAAGGGCAACAAACCAUGUCGUAUCAAGGCCGUGAGCUCGGUUUCGGACAGUACACCGCGUACUACCGUGAGAUGAGGAAGAUGUGUAUGGUGAACCUCUUCAGCCCAAAGCGUGUCGCAAGUUUCAGACCCGUUAGAGAAGAAGAGUGUAAAAGGAUGAUGGACAAGAUCUACAAAGCCGCCGACAAUUCAGCCACCGUUGAUCUAAGUGAGCUUCUCUUGUCUUUUACCAACUGCGUCGUAUGCAGACAAGCUUUUGGAAAGCGUUACAAUGAGUACGGAACCGAGAUGAAGAGAUUCAUAGAUAUCUUGUACGAGACGCAAGCACUUUUGGGCACUCUUUUUUUCUCCGACCUUUUCCCUUAUUUCGGAUUCCUUGACAACCUCACUGGACUCAGUGCCCGUCUCAAGACAGCUUUCAAGGAGCUUGACACUUACCUUCAAGAACUCCUCGACGAGACUCUUGACUCUAAACGCCCUAAACCCGAGACAGAGAGUUUCAUUGAUCUUCUGAUGCAGAUAUACAACGACCAACCCUUCUCAGUCAAGUUUACUCACGAAAAUGUCAAGGCCAUGAUAUUGGAUAUAGUAGUGCCGGGAACUGACACGGCGGCUGCAGCGGUGGUAUGGGCCAUGACUUAUCUUAUAAAGUACCCUAAGGCGAUGAAGAAAGCUCAAGAGGAAGUGAGGAAUGUGAUAGGCGAUAAAGGAUAUGUCUCGGAAGAAGACAUACCUAAUCUCCCUUACCUCAAAGCAGUCAUCAAGGAGUGUCUUAGGCUCGAACCAGUCAUCCCCAUUCUUCUACACAGAGAAACUAUCGCAGACGCAAAGAUCGGUGGCUAUGAUAUUCCGGCCAAGACCAUCAUUCAGGUGAACGCGUGGGCAGUUUCUCGUGACACAGCUGCGUGGGGAGAAAACCCUAAUGAGUUCAUUCCAGAGAGGUUCAUGGAGGAGCACAAAGGAGUGGACUUUAAGGGCCAAGAUUUUGAGCUCCUACCUUUCGGUUCAGGUCGGAGAAUGUGCCCGGCCAUGCAUCUUGGGGUCGCAAUGGUAGAGAUACCUUUCGCUAACCUUCUCUACAAAUUCGACUGGAGUCUACCUCAAGGGGUUAAACCAGAGGAUAUAAAGAUGGACGUCAUGACCGGCCUCGCCAUGCACAAGAAAGAACACCUCGUUCUUACACCAACUAAACACAUAUGAUCCUAUAUAUAUAUAUCGCUAGGACAUUUCUGCUAGUAGAUAUGCCCCAAUGUUUGUUUUUCA